GUGCUGGCAGAGAAGCGGAGCUUGGGCAGCAGGGAUGGGCCCCCACACCUCGUGGUUCUGGUGCUGCUGCACAGCAGGGCUGCAGCCCACGACAGCCUCCGCCUGCUGCAGAGCCAGGACUCGGCUGUUGUCCACACGGAUGAGGGGAGCAAAGCUGGGGGCUUUGCCCUCCUCUGCCCCCGGCUCAAGCAGCGCUGGCGCUUUGUCACGGCACAGGCAGGAGACCUUCAUGCUGUCUUAGACCUUGCCAAGGUUGCCGACUCUCUCCUGUUCAUCCUGGAUCCUGCCGAUGGCUGGGACAGCACAGGGGAGCAUUGCCUCUCCUGCCUCUUUGCACAGGGGCUCCCCAGUUAUGCUCUUGCUGUCCCAGGGGGCAGUGACUUGCCCCCUAAGAAGAGGAUAGAUGCCAGGAAGAAGCUUGCCAAGGCCAUUGAGAAGCGCUUUCCCGAGGACAAGCUGUUCCCCCUGAACACAGAGCAGGAGUCCUCACUGCUGCUGAGGCAUCUCAGCACCCAGAAGCAGCGGCACAUUGCGUUCCGGGACCGGCGGGCUCACCUGCUUGCCUAUGCUGCUGAGUUUGUGCCUGGUCAGGAGAGCAACCUAGUUGGGACCUUGAAGGUGUCUGGCUUUGUCCGGGGACAGACCCUCAAUGUGAACAGCCUGGUGCAUAUUGUGGGGCACGGAGACUUCCAGAUCAGCCAACUGGAUGCGCCUCCUGACCCUCUCUCUUUGAAUCCCCGAGUGGUUAAAGGACAGAAGAAGAGUCAGGACAUGGAGGUACAGGAUGACUCUGCAAAUGGUGCCGAUGAAAUGGAGGAAGAUAUUAAGGUCCUGAUGAAGGCAAAUCCAAGCAAACAGGAGUCUUUGCAGUCAGAAGUGGUUCCUGAUCCGAUGGAAGGAGAGCAGACAUGGCCUACUGAAGAGGAGCUGCAAGAAGCAGAGGAUGCUCUGAAGGCAAGCAGGAGGGUGGUGAAGGUCCCCAAAGGCACAUCCAAGUACCAGGCUGCCUGGAUUGUGGAUGAUGGAGAAGAAGGCAGUGAGAAAGAUGAUGAUGAUUAUGAUGAAGAUGAUGACAUCGAUGAUGAUCUGAUGGAAGAGGCAGUUUCCCAGGAGGGGGAAAGCAGUGAGGAGGAACCUGGAGAGGAGGAGAGUGAGACCAUGACUGUUCCCGAGUCCUUGCGGGAUGACCAGUACGAUGAGAAGAUGGAGGAGGAUGAACAGAUGCUGGAGAAAUACAAACAGGAGAGAAUGGAUGAAAUGUUUCCAGAUGAGGUGGAUACACCACGUGAUGUACCUGCCAGGGUCCGGUUUCAGAAGUACAGGGGGCUGAAAAGCUUCCGGACUUCUCCAUGGGACCCCAAAGAGAAUCUUCCAAGGGAUUAUGCCAGGAUUUUCCAGUUCCAGGAUUUCUCCCGAACCAGAAAGAACCUCUUCCGGCAAAUAGAGAAAGAGGAGACAGAAGGAGCCUCGGUGGGCUGGUACAUUACCCUUCAUGUCUGCAAUGUCCCUGCCUCGGUGAUGGAGAGCUUCAGGGAGGGAAAGCCUCUGGUCCUGUUCUCGCUGCUUCCCCACGAACAAAAGAUGUCCGUAUUGAAUUUCCUGGUGCGUCGGCAUCCAAGCAACAGUGAACCAGUGAGGGCCAAGGAGGAGCUCAUCUUUCACUGUGGGUUCAGACGCUUCCGAGCUUCUCCCCUAUUCUCCCAGCAUACCUCAGCUGAUAAGCACAAGCUGGAGCGUUUCCUGCGCCCGGAUGCUGGCCUGGUGGUGACUGUUUAUGCUCCCAUCACCUUCCCUCCUGCCUCGGUGCUGCUUUUCAAACAGAGAAGUAAUGGAACACAUGACCUCAUUGCCACGGGCUCUCUGCUCUCUGUGGACCCCGACAGAAUCGUCAUCAAGCGACUGGUGCUCAGUGGACAUCCCUUCAAGAUCUUUGCUAAGAUGGCUGUUGUGCGAUACAUGUUCUUUAACAGAGAUGACGUGAUGUGGUUUAAGCCUGUGGAGCUGAGGACAAAGUGGGGACGUAGAGGACACAUCAAGGAGCCACUAGGGACCCAUGGCCACAUGAAGUGCCAGUUCGAUGGACAGCUCAAGUCUCAGGACACAGUGCUGCUGAGCCUCUACAAGCGCGUUUAUCCCAAAUGGACUUAUGACCCCCAUGUUCCGGAGCCUGUGCCCUGGGUGAGGAGUGAGAGUGCAGUGCCAGAGCAGGAGGUGGAAAUGGAAUGA